GGAGUCGAGGAGGAACGGUUUAUAUUGGGGAGCCUUCCAGCGGACAGAGCUGGGUGCCUCUGCGACGGGUUGGGACUUGGUUGUGUGACACACGGAGGUCCACCACAGAACAAGUACAGGAACACCUUUACGGGGAAUAAAUCAAAAUGCCUUCAAAUAAAGACGACGGCGGAUGGAAGAAGUUUCUGUGGGAUUCGGAGAAAGGAGAGCUGCUCGGUCGUACCGGAGGCAGUUGGUUCAAAAUCUUCUUGUUCUAUGUUAUUUUCUACGGCUGCCUGGCCGGGGUCUUUGUCGGCACCAUCCAAGCCUUGCUGCUCACCCUGAGCAACUACAAGCCCACCUGGCAGGACAGAGUCGCACCCCCUGGCCUUACACACACCCCGCGAUCAGACAAAGCUGAAGUGGCCUUCAACCUCAACGACGUGGAGACCUACCUGCCUUACACCAAGGCCCUGAGGGAUUUCCUGGCAAAGUAUGAUGAUGAAAACCAGAGGGACCAGAUGAAAUUCGAGGACUGUGGAGAGGAGCCCGCAGACUACAAGAACCGGGGCGACUUGGAGAGCGACGUGGGCGUCAGGAAGGCCUGUCGUUUCUCCAGGACCCUGCUCGGACCGUGCUCCGGCAUCGAGGACCGCGACUUCGGUUUCAAGGACGGCAAGCCCUGCCUGAUCGUAAAGCUUAAUAGGAUUGUCAACUUCCGUCCAAGGCCUCCUACCUCAAAUGAAAGCAUCCCUGAAGAGGCUCAACCCAAGGUGCAGCCCAAUGUGAUCCCUCUCUUCUGCACCAACAAGAAAGAAGAGGAUGCCGGUAAAAUCGGGGAGAUCAAGUACCACGGCAUCAGCGGCGGCUUCCCCCUGCAGUAUUACCCCUACUACGGCAAGCUGCUGCACCCUCAGUACUUGCAACCGCUGGUGGCGCUGCAGUUCACCAACCUGACCCUGAACACUGAACUGCGCAUCGAGUGCAAAGUGUUCGGAGACAACAUCGACUACAGCGACAAGGACCGCUACCAGGGACGCUUUGACAUCAAGAUCCAGAUCAACAGUUUAUGACUGUCAUCAGAACCAUAGCACUUCGUCUGACCACCACCAUCCCCACCCCUUCUGCCUCUUUUGUCCUUAACUAAAUACUGAGCUGAAGUAGGAGAUGGUAAGUGAGCUGAGGUAGGUUGUAGUGGUUAAGUCAGUCACAACUAGUCUUGAAUGAAUAAUGAAAGGAAAAAAAACUGAUAGGGGACCGAUGUAUAAUCUGUCUGCUUUCAUCAAUAGCUUCUACACCUCUGUCUAGCAUUAGAAUGUAAUUUAGAGGAAGAGUAGCAGUAGGCCUAAUAAAAAUAUUUAUUCCGCUGUAAAUGAGACUUUUCCACAAGCCAUGGGACAUUGCUCAUUGAUGACUGUAAAGUGUAAUUCCAUCUCUGAUGUGUAGCGAGCUAUAUUUGUCCCCCCCCUCCUCUCUGCAUAUCGCUGCCUUGUGUGGUUUCAGUAGAUAUUUUUGGAGUGCACAGUAGUCGAAAAAUCUGGUCCUUCCAAACCACGUCGUCCUCAUUUUCAUCUGUGAGCAAGCUUCAGCAGUCGUAGAUGUGUGUGUGUGUGUCGGACAAGAGCACACACUCCCGCUUUACUUAAUGAUUGAAAUAGUUUGACAUGUUGCGCUCUUCUGAUCUGUGUAAAGAAAAGGCUGCACUCCAGGGAACUUCUUUCCUCUUUUUAUUUGUGCUUUACACCUGAUCAAGGGACACUCUUUUUACUUUCCUUUUUCUUCCUUUUUGUGCUUUGUUAAAUCACUUAAACAUGUGAAGGGGUUUUAUUACUUUGUUUCAUGCCUUUUACUUCUGAUUUUGCCUUGAAUGUAGAGUUGUGUGUCCAGCCUGUUAGACACUUUGGCCUGCUGCAAGGGCGACGGUGCUAACCCAAGUUUUUAACUUUUUUUUUUUCUUCCUUUUCUCGUUUCGUUUCGUUUCGUUUAGUUUUUGCUGGAUUCAUCACAGCAUUGUGGUGUAACUCCCUGAAUGUUUUAGCCAUUAAACAUGGUGGAAGAAUUUUAUAUUUAUGCAGUUGUACAUUUUGUUUCUUUGAAGAAUAUUGUAAUGUAUAAAUGCAAUACCAAAGUGACAAGUUGAAGGAAUUCUUUAUCAGAGGCAAUGCAGUACUCAUUUUAAGGAUCUCAUCAUGUUAAGUGCUAAAGUUCAGUGUCUCAUCUCGCCUUUAAUGGUUAACUCUUGAUUUGUGUUUUAGCCAUGAAUGUAGUAGAAUGAGCAGGUAACAGGCAGUAUAAUUCCACAAUGACCUCAUCUUCAUGCAUUUCAAAAAAAGAUAAGAGUUCUCAGAGCUCGAGGCUUUAGGUGACUUAAUAAUGUUGGCUUUAAUAUUCCAUGGGACCUGUUCAUCCACAACAGUUCAUCCACCUUUGUCAUUCAAUCAAAGAUAGAAACAAAUAAAAUUAUAAUGGACCUUU